UUAUAAAUAAACGAAGUUCCCCUCACGCCUCCAUUAGUUUCGAACCCACACAUCAUGAGAUUUCUCACUCUAGCAGGUUUGUUCCUGACCUUGUGCCACAAAGGUACUUCCUCUCAACUUGUGUGCUACUUUACCAACUGGUCCCAGUACAGACCUGGUACAGGAAAGUACACGCCUGAUAAUGUUGACCCACACCUGUGCACACACCUGAUUUAUGCUUUUUCUGUCAUCAACCCGGCUAACGAGCUCGUCACUUACGAAUGGAACGAUGAGACUCUCUACAAGUCCUUCAAUGGACUCAAAGACAGAAAUGCUGGUCUUAAAACACUUCUGGCAGUCGGUGGAUGGAACUUCGGCACUCAACAAUUCACUACGAUGGUGUCGACCCCAGCCAAUAGACAGAAGUUUAUCCAGUCCUCCAUCAGCUUCCUGAGGAAGCACGGUUUUGAUGGUUUGGAUCUGGACUGGGAGUACCCUGGAGCUCGAGGGAGCCCCCCAGAGGACAAGCAGAGAUUCACACUGCUGUGUCAGGAGCUCCUAAAGGCCUAUGAAGCAGAGGGCACUAUGACCGAACAGCCCAGACUGAUGGUCACUGCAGCAGUGGCUGCUGGAAAAGGAACCAUUGAUACUGGUUAUGAAAUUGCAGAAAUUGCAAAGUAUCUAGACUUCAUUAGUGUGAUGACCUAUGAUUUUCACGGCAACUGGGAGAGUGUAACAGGACACAACAGCCCCCUAUACCAGGGUUCCCACGACACAGGAGAUCUAAUCUUCUUUAACACAGAAUUUGCCAUGAAGUACUGGCGAGACCAAGGAGUCCCUGUGGAAAAGUUGAGAAUGGGCUUUGCUACCUACGGACGGACAUUUAGCCUUGCUUCUGGAGCCAGCGGUGUUGGAGCCCCAACCAGCGGUCCUGCCUCUGCUGGGAUGUUCACCAGGGAGGCUGGCUUCUGGUCCUACUAUGAGAUCUGCACGUUCCUUCCGGGAAGCACUAUCCAGUGGAUUGAUAGCCAGAAGGUCCCCUAUGCUACUAAAAUAAAUGAGUGGGUGGGAUUUGACAACAAAGAGAGCUUUGAGACCAAGGUUCGUUACAUGAAAGACAACAAGUUUGGAGGAGCUUUUGUCUGGGCUCUUGACCUCGAUGACUUUACUGGACAGUUCUGUGGACAGGGGAACUAUCCCCUCAUCAGACAUCUCAAGGGACUCCUUGAUACUGGAGUCCCUCCACUGCAAUCUACAACCACCCUAAAGCCAGGGGCACAGACUCCAGACAAGCCAACUGCUACCAGUGAGCCAGGGGCACAGACUCCAGACAAGGCAACUGCUACCAGUGAGCCAGGGGCACAGACUCCAGACAAGGCAACUACUACCAGUAAGCCAGGGGCACAGACUCCAGACAAGGCAACUACUACCAGUAAGCCAGGGGCACAGACUCCAGACAAGGCAACUACUACCAGUAAGCCAGGGGCACAGACUCCAGACAAGGCAACUACUACCAGUAAGCCAGGGGCACAGACUCCAGACAGGAAAUUCUGUGUGGGCCGGCCUGGUGGUUUGUAUCCAAAGCCUGAUGCUCCAGGGUCUUUCUACCAAUGUGCCAACGGCAUCACCUGGGUUCAAAACUGCCCGGCUGGUCUUGUCUUUGAUGACAGCUGUAAGUGUUGCAAUUGGCCUCCAGACAAGGCAUUAAGCGGGGAAUUCUGUGUGGGCCGGCCUGGUGGUCUGUAUCCAAAGCCUGAUGCUCCAGGAUCUUUCUACCAAUGUGCCAACGGCAUCACCUGGGUUCAAAACUGCUCGGCUGGCCUUGUUUUUGAUGACAGCUGUAAGUGUUGCAAUUGGCCUUAAACUUGAACACAAUUUAUUUUACAACAUGGAGCCUCAGACGCAAUAGUCAGCAUUGUUCUACAUAUUUGUAUUUGUCCUAUGCUUUUUUAAAUGGUUACUUUUGCUAUUAUUGAUUAUACAACAGCUUUAUUUUUACUUAUUUAGCUUCAUAUUACGUGAAAAUGAUCUCAGAACACAUUAAAAUAUUUUGAAAACGAAA